AUGUUGCUCACUCACAAAAUAGAGGCGCCUUCCGAGACGGAAGUAGGCCGUGCGAGGGAGGCGGCUGCGCGGCUGUCUGCCUCCCCCGACUCGCCUAGUUCGCCGACCGACCACAGCUUGCCGGCCGGCGCCACUGUCGCCGAGCACGUGACCGAGCUCCAGAAGAACCUCAGCGAGGAUUUCAGCAAGAAGCUGCAGGAAUGGGAGCGGAAGCGGAGUGGGGGCCAAAGUCAGAGCCGGCCGCCGGAGCCAGAGCCGGAGAGACCCGAGAGACGCAGCCGGAAGGAGGAGGUUGAGCGGCAGCGAAAGGUCACGCAGGUGCAGCACGAGGAGCAGCUUCCGGCUGAGUUCCGGCGGAGGCUGCACGAGUGGGAGCGCAAGCAGCGCGAGGGCAGCGGCCGCCGGAAGCGGACCGACGAGGGACCGGAAGUCCGGCGGAAGUUAACCGACGGCGAGCGGCGGCGCGGCAAGCAGGAGUACCGGGAGACACGCAGUCAGAUGUCGCCACAGGCGGUGGAGGAGGAGCACCUGCCAGCCGAGUUCCGCAAGCGCCUCACGGAGUGGGAGAUCGCCAAGGCCCUCGCCGGAAAAUCGCAGCAGAACGUGGAGCAACUGCAGAAGAACCUGCCGCACGAGUUCAACAAGAAGUACGAGGAGUGGAAGCUGAUGAAGGCCGGCCGGCUGAGUCCGGGCUGCCAGAAACGGAGGGCAGCGGAGGUGCGCCGCCAGACGCGCACCAAGGACCUGCAGUGGCUGGAGCGGGAGCUGCAGAAGGUGGAGCGAGAGAAGGGUCGCCUGGAGAGAGAGCGGGAGAAGUACCUAGACCGGGAGGCUCGACUCGAGCGCGUUCGGGAUGCUAUGCGCCGACCCAAGGAGGACAAGGUGACCAUCAAGACCGCCGAGGGAGAGUUCCGCUUCGAAGGCAUCAACAAGAACUUCACCAAGAAACUCUACGAAUGGGAAGAGAGGCGAGGAAUCCCGCCCGACUCGGAAUCCUCGACCAUCGCCCUGCUGGCACCGAACUACCAGCCGAUGGACAAACAAGACCAGGAGGCCGGCAGAGUGGCCAGGUGCAAGUCGGAAGGCAGCCUGGCCGAGCUGGCGUCGGCGGCGCUGGGUCAGCACAGCCGCCAGUCCUCCGAGGACAAGACAGGCGCAGGACUGGAGGGCACACUCGGAGACGCUACGAAGGCGUGUUCGGAGCCGGACCUCCUCAUGGUGGACGUGGAGGAGGUGGAGGCGACGCCCCUGGAGGACAUACCGCCCGUGCACGCGCAGGAGCCCGUGUACAGCUACGCCCCUGAAGAGGUCACGCGUCUCAUCGACUCUAGUGGAAGCGACGGCGAAGUCCCUGGUUUCCUUCGACCAAACGAUGACCUGCUGGUGACCUUUGAGGUGCCCGAGAUGGCCUCGGGCGACCCCCAGCAGCCCGAGGGUACGUACUCCGGCCUGCUGGACGCCAACAUCACCAUCCUGGACAAGCUGAAGCAGAAGGAGGAGGUUUGCAGGUGUUUGGAAGAGAAAUUGGAAGAAAUCGGUCAAAACAUGAUCAGCAUUCAGCAAGAGCACAAACAGGAGCUUGAGAAGCUGCGAAAUCAGAAGACAAAGCUUCAACCGGCAGAGGAAGGCGAAGGUCUGACGGAGGAGAGGAAGCUGAUGGAGAACAACCUGCAGUUGCUGGAGAGCUUGCAACAGCGCUGUAACGAGCUGCAGGGUACUGGAGACCGGCUGAAGGAGGAGCGGGAACAGAUACAGGCCUCACUUCAGCAUCACAGCGAUCAGCAGGCCAACCUGGCCCGGCACCUGGUGGGCAACAUGAGGAAACUACAUGCUGCCGGAUCGUCAAUAGAUGUCGCUGCUGAAGACUCCCCUCCAGCUAUAGAAGAGGAACCGGAUGCUACUGUAGCAGACAGCCUGCGGGUAGACGAGCCUGAACGACUGGUACUGCCAUCUCCCGGUGUCCGACGGAGACAGGUCGACAAGAAAACAGUGGAUAAACUUCAGGAAAUCAGCACUGAUCUUUUGUCACAGGCGAAACGCUUGGAGAAGGUGCUCGGUCCCCGGCAAGGAAAGCGGCCUACCAGAUCGUUCUCUCAAGGUCAUCACAGCAGAGCUUGGCCCAGAACGGGGGACUCCCCUGAUUGGCUGCGUUCGCAUAAAUCUUCUUGGCAACCUGCUGAUUGGUCAGCCCUUCCAGGACAGCUCAGUCGGAAAGUGGAAGAGCUUCAGCGAGAAAUGCUCAUGCUCUGCACUGCACGUGGUUCUGGCACACCUCAAAGUCCGUCCGGCUCUCAUGACCUCAGCCUGAGCUCUGCCCUCGAGGAGGCAGCGCCAUCUAGUGACGAACUCAGUCCCGAGAAAACGGCCACCUUCACAUUUCGUCUGCCAGUGGCCUCCACCCAAGAGAAAGCCCACCAGGAGUUGGACUCUCUCGAGCAGCUCGGUCUUCCACCAGAGGAGACUCAAGAGGAGGUGUCAGUCCAGGGCGACCUCAUGUGUCCUACUACUCCAGAGGAGGCGACCUCACCCUGCUCCUCAUCGCGCUCAUCGGUGGAGGACCUCGGGGCGGCGGCCAAGUGGAGGGACAAGGCAGACCUGUACACCUCCUACGACCAGACGCUCAAGGAAAUGCAACGCGAGCUGGAAACGGUGGAGGCUGACUAUGCGCUGGACCGUCGGCGCAAGAGCUCCGAUGACGUCAUAUCGACUCCCUCGUCUUACCGCAGUCGCUCCUCCAGCAUACCCUCCUCGGAAGACGUUGACGAACCAAGACUUUUUCAGAUGGUCGAGCAGCCAGAACACCUAAUCGAGGAGGAGGAAGACGACAUCGCCGAUAGCCAAUCAGAGCGCAGCGACUGGAGCGCGAGCGCUCUGCGCAUGCGCCGUCAGCACGCCUCCCCGAGUGUGUCUUCUGCGUGCGAAGAGCGGCCGUUCACGGCCGGCGCCACAAGAACUUUUGAAAUUCCAACCGUGGACACGCGCAGUCUCUCCGGCCUUCCUCCUGCUUCCAACGCUCCCGUGUUGGUGGCGGCCCAGCGAACCGUGUACUCGGUCGACGAGGGUCUUGUCAAGGUUACCGUCAGAGAGCAAGCCGAAACACCGCCGCCGUCGCCGGUGGCUGACGUCACUGGGACGGCGGAGGAAAGCGUGAGCCUGCGGCCAGCGCCGUCGGAGGAGAGUGACCGUCUGUCCAGCACGACGCCCACCCCGACGGCGAGCCCGCUACUGCUCCGGCAGACCGAGGUCACGGGGUCAAGGUCGCCAAUGCGGCCGAGCCUGUCGGUGACGUCGCAGGACUCGACGCCGAGCGCCGAGGGCAGCGAAGCCGACUCGGCGACGCCGUGCGAGGGGCGCCUCGCUGCUUAG